AUUGAAAGAAAGCGUUAGAAUUGACGAAUAGGGGAGACCAACUUUAACUAGGGUAUCGGUGGAAUAGAUUGGAACUGAUGAAUAUAUCGUCAAUCCCGCUGUGGACACCUUUUUUAAUAUCUGAUUCUACAACCUUUACAUGCCAUUAUAUCAUCCGGGAUGGCUCUAGGCGACUUUAUUCCACGUGGAAGCCAUGUGCUCGUGGGCCCGGCUGAAAGGACGCUUUUUGACACUCCCCAUGGGUUCGGAGUCGAUCAUUCCGUUAAAGUAGGAUCCCAAUUGACAUACUUGCAGGAAGAGGGUAAUAUCGAACGCCUAUAUUGAUUUUGUGCGCACACUUGCAUUCAGUUCAUUUAUCCGCUCUUGGCAGGAACACUUGAGUGCGACGACGUAAAUUCUCCAACUCGAUCUAACAUGAUUCCAAGGAAGGCGGGUUUCUAUAAGAUCCAGAUCAGGAACGACGACAAACUCAGAUAUCGCCGCAUUCCAAUCCAAGCAUCUUAGCAACUAUCUUCACACCUUCUGGUAAUAUUCAUCAUCACAAUGCUUUGCAAGACAUUCGUCCCGUUGGCUAUGCUUCUAGGCGCGUCCGCCGCCCAGAACGCCACGCUCCGGUACAUGCCCUUUGGUGAUUCUAUCACCGAGAUCAUCUGCUGGCGCGCGAAGCUUUGGGAGAAGUUGAAGCCCACCGAGUGGGGUACCGUGGACUGGGUUGGCUCUGGCAAAACAGAGAACAACUGCCGCGACACCACCUACGAUCGCGACAACGAGGGCCACUCUGGUUUCCUCGCCAUUGACAUUGCCAACAAGAAGCAGCUCGUCGGUUGGCUUGAGAAGAACCCGGCCGAUGUCAUCACGAUGCACCUCGGCACCAACGACAUCGUGCAGCAGAACAAGCCAACCGCUGAUAUCAUUGCUGCUUUCACGACCCUUGUGGGCGUGAUGAGAGAUAGCAACCCGAACAUGAAGAUUGUCGUGGCUCAAAUCAUCCCCAUGGGGCUGGGCAACUACAACACCCCGAUCCAGGCAUUGAACAAGGCCAUCGUCCCCUGGGCAGAGGGCCUCAACAAGACCGAAUCGCCCAUCUGGGUCGUGGACCAGUACACCGGCUUCAGCGGUUCUAGCGACCUACGGGAUGGUGUACACCCCAACGAUGCUGGCGAUGUCAAGAUGGCAGACGUUUGGUACCCCGCUCUUGUCAAUGCUUUCCAGGUGGCUCAGGCGGACAAGCAAGCUGCUGCUGCUAAGCAGGUCGAGGUCCCAUUCACGGCGUAAAGAACGCCUGCUCCAUAUCUCGAGAUAUAGUUAGUACGGCUACUUACGUAUUCUUCUUGUUCUAUGCUGGGUCUCUGGGGCGGUCUCGUUCUAUAUAUACUGCUUCAACGGCAUGGAUAUUUCUGCCAAAGCUGUCUUUACCUAAGAAAUGAUGUUGAAGGUAAAUGAUUAUGACCGAUAUUAAAAAAUUCAUGUGUUGCUUAUUAAGCACAAGUUUGGCGCCUGUCUCCUCAAUAGUGAUUUAUAAUAUUGUUGGAUUGUGUUCGAACCUAGAGCGUAUUAGAAUUAAACGGAUUAUUUACGAUUGGCCUUUCGGCUAUCGCAUUUAUUACCCCUUUUCUUCCUUGAUCCUCUUAUCUUGCUAGGGUAAGCCUAUGGUAGAAGUCUACGAGGAGCUAUGAUUGCCCCCAAUAUGGAAUAGAUGCAUGCAAGACGGAGGCUCGAAAUCGUCUAGACUGGGUUUAAUUCUUUGUCGCUUACGUGUCCCCUUAUCGUGAUUAGCACUUGAUAGCUAUAAUGAUACUUUCUAUCAAUCCUCUCCCACUAUUGGUGAAGAGGAGUGACUUACAUAUACGAGCUUACGGCUUUAGAUCGUACAAGAUGAGGGACACGAGAAUUUUGCCUUACC